AUGACGCUCAUCCCGACCGGCCACGAGCAGAGCCCGCCCGACAACCUCGCCCAGCCGCCCGCCGUCGACUUCCCUCACGAGAUCCUCUGCUUCAUCCUCCACCUGUGCGUCCCGCCGUCCGGUCACACCAAGGCCGAGAUCCGUCGUCGUCGGCGCGCCCUGUACCGCUACGCCCACGUCAACUCGCGCUGGCACGCCGCCGCGUUCGACCAGGCCGUCCGCUCCGUCUUCAUCAACGCGCACGCCAACGGCUGGAGCCAGGACGAGGCGACGGCGACGCGCUGGGUCACCGAGGCCAAGGAGCACGCCGACUCGAGGGGCCGCGGCAUCCGCGAGCUCGUCCUCUUCGGCGAGAAGCACCUGCCCGACCAGUCGUUGCAGGCCAUGUUCCAGCAGUUCGACCAGCUCGAGCACCUCGUCGUCGUCAAAAGCCGCAACCCGAGGUCCCUCCUCGGCUCUACGACCAUUCGCCACCUGCAAGUCCUCGAGACUGCCUCGCCCUCGUUCCUCGGCAUCUACUCGAACCUGCGACGCCUCGACAUCAUCGGCUGCCGCGGCGAAGCCCUCCCCUCGACCCUCACCAACGCCAACUUUCCCUCGCUCGACACGCUCGUCCUCGACCUCCUCGCGCCUCGCCGCGGGAUCCAGAUCAAGACGUACCAGGGCAGAGGCGUCACCGACAGCGUCCGACCGCCCAACGUGCGCGCCCUCGCGCUGCGCGGCCAAGGCCACCCGUUCCUGCGCGAGGUCCUCGCGUUCCAGACGCGGCUCGAGCACCUGUACCUCGGCGUCCCUCGCGCCGAGACCUUCGACUACUUGCACGCUCUGCCUUGCCCGAUCUCGUCGCUCUGGGUCGAGCACACGGUCGAGGAGCAAGCCGAGGACCACGCGGCCCUCCUCCCGUGGCAGCCGCACCUGGCCCCUGCGCUCUCGGCGACGGCGUUCGACCACACGUCGCUCAAGCGCAUCGGGCUCGCGUACUACGACUCGCCGGACCAGGCGGUCGACCUGCUCGACGACUGGCUCAUCUCGUUCGCGAGCGCCGUCGCCAAGGCCAUGGCGCUUCGCGGGCUCGACCUCGACGUGCGGUGGGCGACGCCGGCGUGCGUGCUCGAAGAGUGGGACCCUCUUCGUCAAGAGGAGCCGGCGCGCUUCCUCGGCCUGGGCAUCCGCGGUUGA